AUGCCUAACCUUGAGAACUCGUCCCCUGGUGAAACUGAGAUGACUCCAGAGCCUUCUUCUCAGCCGAAUCACGAGCUUUCAUCUCCUGUUGCGGAUGUUUCGUUGAAGAAUUACAAGCCGUCGACCGCUGACAUGGUUUAUUAUUACGAGCAUUUUCUACCAUUCAAGUCGAUCUUUUUGUGGCUGAAUCAUUCCCAGGCCACCCAGACCGAUUUCACCAUGCGUGAGUUCGCGUUCGAGUACAAGUCUGGCGCGUACCAGCGGUACAACUCGUUCCAUUCGGUGAGCGAGUUCAAACAAACGGUGAUCAAGGCCCAACCGACGCGGUUUGAGGUUGGAGCAGUUUAUCCCGUGGAGCCUCGGAUGCGCAAGAGUGUUUCGAAAGUGCUUAUGAAGCCUCAGGCCAAGGAGUUUGUACUGGAUAUCGAUUUGACCGACUACGACGACGUGCGGACCUGCUGCUCCGGCACAGGCAUCUGUCCCAAGUGUUGGAGAUUCAUCACUCUGGCAGUGAAGAUUGUCCAUCGUGCUCUGCGUGAGGACUUCGGAUUUGAGCACAUGAUCUGGGUGUUUUCGGGAAGAAGAGGAGUGCAUUGCUGGGUCAGCGAUUACCGCGCGCGUAUUCUGGACGAGACCAGACGACGUGCUAUUGUGGAGUACUUGGAUGUUUUGAACGUCAAGUCCAAGAAGACGCUAAGUUUGAAGAAGCCGUACCAUCCACACGUGGAGCGUGCUUUCGACGUGCUACGAGACGAGUUUGUGGACCUGAUUCUGAAAGUUCAGGACCCAUGGAGCAUUCCAGAGAGAGCAGAAAGCAUGGCCAGAUCUCUGCCUGACUACAAACUGGCCAGCACAUUAAUCAAGCACUGGAAAGAAGAGCCAGAUAGAAGCAGCGCAGACAAAUGGCGCGAUGUCGACACGUUCUACCAGCAGCUCAAGAUACGAUCGUUUGAUUUGCAGGAUUGGAAGAAAGAAACCAUCUUUGCAACCAUGUAUCCGCGUCUUGAUGUGGAAGUUUCGCGUCAAAUGAACCAUUUACUAAAGUCUCCGUUUUGUAUCCAUCCGGGAACGGGAAACGUGUGUGUUCCUUUUGAUCCGUCAGAAAAGGAGUUUGACCCGUUCGUGGACACGGCCAACCUGGGGUCUUUGGUUGGCAGCAACGAGACAGAUUGGCAAAAAACAGAGCUCAAAAAUAGCAUCGAUUUAUUUAACAAGUUUGUCAACGGUCUCGUCAACGAGGAGAUGAGACAGAAGAGAAACAGAGAGGACGAGAAGGAGAACCUGGAGUUUUAA